AUGUCCUCGGCUGGCGCCUCUUCAGCAACAGCCAGCAUCAACGAUCUGGACGGUUGCAAUUUUCGAGACCCUCGCUUCCCAUCCAAUGCCAGCUUUACUUUUGCCAAGGAUGACGACUUUGGCUUCGACCCGCCCUCCAAACCCAACGCAGUCUACAAUGACUACACCUUCUCCAGCCCUCCCAACGACUGCCCGUCUCAAUGGCCGGAGACCAAGCGCGAGAACGAGCCGAAGAAAUCAACAGAGAUUAAAAUCAACCUGGACGGUUUUGAACUGGACAAGUCCAGCACGUCCACAAUGCCUCAGACUGCCGUCUCACGAUUCGGCCAGGUGACUCCUCCGAGAUCAGCUUCUACCGCUAGCACAGCCUCCAAGGAAGACAAUAUGUUCCCAAAGGCUCAACCAUUAAAAUCGCGAAAGCGAGGCAGCCUCCGAAAUGGGUAUUCGGAAACCGUCCCUGGCGCUCCGGCUAAGAAAACGGAGCGCAAGCGCAGGUCUAUGAAAAAGUUAGCUACCCUCAAUAAAGAAGACGACACUCCGGAAGAAAGUAAGAGAAAGCAUUCUCUCGAGAAGAACAGAAUCGCUGCUGCAAAAUGCCGCAUCAACAAGAAGGAGAAGACAGAGCGAUUACAGCGGGAUUCACACGACAAGAGGGUCGAGAACGCUUGCCUCAGAGAACAAGUCACGUGCAUGAAAGAUGAGAUCCAGCAGACCUACGCCAUACUGGUCGCACACGCCAAUUGCGCAGGAUGCAAAUCUCCUGAGGAGAUUCAGACACAUCUCAUUGCGCUCGCCGACGCCUUCUUCAGCGAACAAAUCGUGAUGGCUGGGGAGAACUUCACUGUUUUCCCUCAGAUGAGCUUUGAACGACUACCUGCCACCCCCGACAACUUCUUCUCUGGUUCAACUACAGAUCACACGCUACACCCUCCCCUCCCAGAGUUCAAUCGAUCAGCAGAGUUCGAGGUCCACACUCCGCUGCGAGUUGACUGA